AUGGCGGAGAUUGUGAUUCUACUAGCCAUUAAGAAGAUCGGCAUUGCCUUGGCAAAUGGAGUAGUAAACCAAGCAGGCACGCAACUUGCAAAGUAUGGGACACAACUAUUAGAGCUACAAGCCAGCAUGAAUCGUCUUGUGAGGGAGCUUAGUGUAAUGCAUGAUGUUCUCUGUCAAAUGGACAUACGAAACCAAAACAAUGAAAUAUAUGAGAGCUGGUUGGAGGGGGUGCGAAAGGUAGCACACGAUAUGGAGGACAUGGUGGAUGAGUACUUGUAUCUAGUUGGUCAGGAGCAUGAUAUAGGGUGUUGCUUUUACCUGAAGAAAGGAUUCCGCAAACCAAGCUCUCUUGUUUCAUUGAACCGGAUAGCUUUCAAGGUGAAGCAAAUAGAGGAAGACCUUACACAUCUGGCAGAGAUAAAAAACCGUUGGGUUACCCAGAUAAACAAUGAGGAUACUAACAACUCGAACUACAUUGUCAGGAGGGCCCAAGAUCAAGCAAACAUGGCACGUUCCCUUGAUGAUCAAGAUCUAGUGGGGGUUUAUGAAAACAGAGAAAAACUUGAGAAGUGGUUGGCAAAUGAUGAUUUCGGACACUCUGUGAUAGCGCUGCUUGGAAUGGGAGGGCUUGGUAAAACAGCUUUGGCUGCAAAUGUCUACAAGAAGGAGAGGGAGAAAUUCCAAUGCCAUGCCUGGGUUUCUAUCUCCCAAACAUUUUCAAAAGAAGAUGUCUUGAGGAACAUAAUCAAGGAACUUAUGAAAGAUAAAGUCAGUGGUCUAUCUUACACUGCAGAUAUGGACAUCACAUGCCUUGAAGAGACACUGAAGAGAUUUCUGGAGCAACAGAAGUAUUUGAUUGUAUUGGAUGAUGUUUGGACUCCAGAAUUAUUUGAUGACUUGUCUAGUGUGCUUACUCGUAACGAUAAGGGCAGUAGACUGAUAAUUACAACAAGGGAAGCCCGUGUUGCAGCACAUGCCUCUCAAGGGCAUAUCUUAACAUUGGAAGCUUUAGAAAAAGAUAAGGCAUGGGAUCUCUUUUGUAAGAAAGCCUUCUCAAGAGAUACAAAUCAUGAAUGUCCGACGGAGUUGAAGCUUUUGUCUGAGGAAAUAGUUAACAAGUGCAAAGGCUUGCCUCUUGUCAUUGUGUUAAUUGGUAGCCUCUUGCGUGUGCGUGAGAAAACUGUUGAAGAAUGGAGAAGAAUAAAUGUCCAAUUGAGUUGGGAGCUAAUUAAUAACUCAAGCCUCCGUGACAUAAGGAAUGUUUUGUAUCUGAGCUUCAUAUACCUUCCAACACGCUUGAAAGGUUGUUUCUUAUACUGCAGCUUAUUUCCGGAAGACUAUCUUUUCAAAAGGAAACAACUUGUACGGUUAUUCAUCGCUGAGGGGUUCAUUGAGGAGAGGGGUGAAAGCACACUAGAAGAAGUGGCAGAAGGCUAUCUGAAGGAGUUGAUUGAUAGAAACAUGCUACAACUUGUUGAGAGGAACACUUUUGGCAGGAUGAAAGGAUUCAGAAUGCAUGACAUCUUACGUGAAUUGGCAGUUGAUUUGUGCCAGAAGAACUGUUUUGGUGUUACAUAUGAGAAUAAAUGUGGGGGGUCUCAUCAGAAGGAUGGACGUCGAUUGGUACUGCACAAACUAAAAAGUGAUAGUCAGCAACCAUUUUCCAAUAUGCACCAACUUCGAACUGUCAUUACACUGGGUGUUAGCAAGUCAUCAUUCACUGUACUACCUCUGUUGUGUAAUGAGUCAAGAUAUAUGACAGUGCUAGAAUUAAGUGGUUUACCCAUCGAGAAGAUUCCAGAGGCUAUUGGAGAUCUUUUUAAUCUCCGGCAUUUGGGUUUGAGUCAUACAAAAGUGAAGAAGCUCCCGAAUUCUGUUGAGAAGCUUUCAAAUUUGUUGACAUUGGACCUUGGUGGUUCUGACAUACAUGACUUGCCUAGUGGGAUUGUGAAACUGAAGAAGCUUAGGCACUUAUUUGCUGAGAGAGUAACUAAUCCACAAGGGAAAGAAUUUAAAUGUCGCAGUGGUAUGCGUAUCCCCAGUGGUCUUGGAAAUCUGACAAGCCUGCAGACGUUACAAGCAUUAGAAGCACAAGAUGAGUCUAUUAGACAUUUAGGGGAGCUGAGGCAACUAAGAAGCUUGAGGUUACUGAAUGUGAAGGGAAUCUACUGUGGACGGAUCAAUGAGUCUCUAGUUGAGAUGCAGCAUUUGUCAUACCUACAUGUGAGUUCAAGUGAUGAGAAUGAGGUUCUCCUGUUGAAUGUCUGCUUGCCAAACCUACAAAAGCUAAGUUUGAGAGGCCGACUAGCGGAAGGAGCGUUGGACGAGUCUCCUCUCUUCCAAGCUGUUGGGGGGCAUAGCUUGCAUAUGUUGUCUCUCCGUUGGUCACAACUGAGUGAAGACCCCCUGCCACCCCUUUCUCGGUUGUCAAACUUGACGAAUCUACAAUUCAGCAGAGCAUACAAUGGAGAGCAGCUGACAUUUCUCACAGGGUGGUUUCCCAAGCUAAAGGUUCUCGAACUAAGGGACCUGCCUAAUCUGAAACGACUAGAGGCACAGCAAGGUGCCAUGGUGAGCCUGGAGCAAAUCAUCUUAGUCAACCUUAGCAGCAUGACAGAGGUCCCAUCUGGCAUUGAGUUCCUCUUGCCCCUCCCAUAUCUAGCCUUCCUGGAAAUCACCAAUGACUUCUUGACGGUGCUGUGCCAAUGUUCUGUACUUGAAGGGCAGCGGUCGCACUAUUCUCUCCGAGAUUGA